AGCUCAGGCAGGCAGGCAGGCAGGCAGGCGGGGGGGGGGAAGCGCAUCCUCGGAGAGAUCUGCUGAAAACAUGAUCAUCAGGGGAACAUAAACGCGUUAUUCGUCUCCGGUUAGAUGAUUCGACAACUUCAUGUGUUUUGUGUUUUCCUCCAAAGGACAUAACACAAGAGGCAGGCGUCGGUGCAGGAAAGACACAAGCCGACAUCAUCAGCCGCUGUGCCGUGUGAGGCGAGGUCACCGCAGAGUACCACGGUUCCCAUGAUCCCCUGGGGCUUGAUCCCAAUCUAAAGCUCUCGGUACGACCUCAGGCCCUGCCAUCGACCUCAGUCAUCUCUUCAUCCAGUCAUCGAUAUCCCAGAGAGGAUGUGAGUAGGAGAAGGACUGAGGGUAGGAAACCUCACUAAGUCCAACCAAGAAAGGAAGUGGGAUCACAGGGCUGCUAUGGACUGACGGGUCAACUGAUACCAGAUCACACUGGCUUUGCUUGGAAGUUGACAAUGGUGUUGUUUCUGAUUGGGAUCUCUAUUGCUGUGAAUAAUUCAUCCCAUGAGAACCAAACUGCAGAAAACCCCACCCACCAGGGUGCUCAUGUGCUGCCCUCGACACUGGUCAUAUCCCUGCUUCUUAUCGUCGUAGUCCUGCUGACAAUCUAUUGUCUGAGGUUCAAAAACCACAGGAAAGCUCUAGUUACCUCGGUGGACAAAAAGAUUCCAAAUGGCUUCUUGGAGGAACAAGGAGAGCAGACAGUGGUCCUCCUUCCCAGAUCUCCCUCGCCAUCCAAGAGGUACUUCCCCAUCCCUCUGGACUCGCUGGAGGAGGAGUACCGGAUACGCUCUGCAGACGACGGCAAGCUCUUCAGAGAGGAGUUCAAUUCACUGCCGUGUUACUACCACCACGGGUCCUUUGAGGAGGCGAGCAGAGAGCACAACAGAGAGAAAAACAGAUACCCAAACAUUUUACCAUACGAUCAUUCAAGAGUGUUGUUAAGUCAUGUUGAUGGACAUCUGUGUUCAGACUACAUCAAUGCAUCUUACAUAGAUGGUUUUAAAGAGAAGAACAAAUUCAUUGCAGCACAAGGCCCAAAGCCUGAGACAUUGGCCGACUUCUGGCGGAUGAUUUGGGAACAGAAAACUACAACUAUAGUAAUGCUGACAAAUCUGAAAGAAAGAAAAGAGGACAAAUGUUAUCAGUAUUGGCCAGAAAAAGGCUGCUGGAUGUACGGGAACAUCAGGGUGGCGAUGGAGGACUUCACUGUUCUGGUGGACUACACCAUUAGAAAGUUUUGUGUCCAAUAUCAGGGCAGCGACGGUCUCCGAGCUCCGCGGCUGGUCACACAGCUCCACUUCACCAGCUGGCCAGACUUCGGUGUGCCAUUCUCGCCCAUCGGCAUGCUGAAAUUCCUCAAGAAGGUCAAGGCGGUCAAUCCGUCGUAUGCCGGACCCAUUGUUGUGCACUGCAGUGCCGGGGUGGGGAGGACUGGGACGUUCAUUGUCAUUGACAGCAUGAUCGACAUGAUGCACAUGGAACAGAGGGUGGAUGUCUUUGGCUCUGUGAGCAGAAUACGAGAACAGCGCUGUCAGCUCAUCCAGACAGAUAUGCAGUACUCCUUCAUCUACCAGGCUCUGCUGGAGUACUAUCUAUAUGGAGACACAGAGCUAGAUGUGUGCUCUCUGGAGGGCCAUCUGCAGAGGCUUCACAACACCAGGGCUCCCCACGACAGGCUGGGCCUGGAGGAGGAGUUCAGGAAACUGACCAACGUCCGCAUAAUGAAGGAGAACAUGAGAACGGGAAACCUUCCAGCCAACAUGAAGAAGAACCGUGUGCUUCAGAUCAUUCCAUAUGAUUUCAACCGAGUAAUGCUCUCAGUGAAAAGAGGACAGGAGUUCACCGACUACAUCAAUGCCUCCUUUAUUGAUGGCUACAGGCAGAAGGACUAUUUUAUCGCAACCCAGGGCCCACUGUCUCACACAGUGGAGGACUUCUGGAGGAUGGUGUGGGAGUGGAGGUGUCAUUCAAUCGUUAUGCUCACCGAACUCAAAGAGAGGGAGCAGGAAAAGUGUUUCCAGUAUUGGCCAUCAGAGGGCAGUGUAACAUUUGGAGAUUAUACUGUGGAGCUGACUGCAGAUACACAGUGUGAAACCUUCACUCUCAAAGACAUGGUGCUCACCUACAGACCAGAAAAGCAGUCACAACACAUCCGACACUUCCACUUCCACGGAUGGCCUGAGAUCGGAAUACCAGCCGAGGGAAGAGGAAUGAUUGACAUUAUUGCCGCUGUGCAGAGGCAGCAGCAGCAGUCUGGAAACCGUCCCAUAAUUGUGCACUGCAGCGCUGGUGCGGGUCGGACCGGUACCUUCAUUGCCCUCAGUAACAUUCUGGAGAGGGUGAAAGCUGAAGGCCUCCUGGACGUUUUUCAGACCGUCAAGAGUUUACGCAUGCAGAGACCACACAUGGUUCAGACUGUGGAGCAAUACGACUACUGCUACAGAGUGGUUCAGGAUUUUGUUGACAUUUUCUCAGACUACGCCAAUUUUAAAUAAUACCUGUCACAUACUGUGCUUCUGAUGAAUUAACUUAUGCAUUUUUUUUCCUGAAUGUUGUUUUCUAAAGCAAGCUCUUUCUACAUUUUGCACUUGAUUACAGAUCUAAAAAGCAAUUGUAACAUACUGUAAUAUAAUUGAAAACAUCUGUACUCCAGGAGAGUAUGUCUCGUUCAGGAAAGCUUGAUCUCCAAGUAUCCUAGUGUCAAAACAUAUAAAUUAUAGUGGUUUAUUAAUGGUUUGGUUGGGUUCUUGAAUAUGUGUACGUUUUAUGUUGCAGAUGCUGCAACAUUGUGAGGGUCAAUAAAAUAACUAUUCAAAGAUUGUAUUCCAACUUAAUCUAUAUAAAUAUUGUAUACUGUAUAUAUUGUAUGUAUUGCUCACUGCCUGAAAUGCAUCACUAAUGAGUUGUGCAUCAUAUUAGUCUUGUUUGAUUGCUAUACGGGGGGAAAAUCGUGAGUUUGAAAAUCAUUAUUGCUUUUGCUAAACUGAUGUCCUGUCUGACAUAUGUGAAUCGUAUUUAUGAUCUACUUUGAGCUCAAACAAAAACACAAAUAUCAAGAUACAGUUUGUUAGACGCUUUAAAUUACCUCACUUCUGUCUGUGAAUAACUUAACAGCUGCUGCCUGUUGCAAUUUUAUUUAACUUCACCAACUUUCUUGUGUUGCCUGUGGCAAUAUUACUUCGUGGAUUGGCGCCUGACGCUGCAAAAUGCAAUUAGCCCACAUUGGAACAGGCAGAAAAUAACGUAAUAUUAUCCAAACGUAUCAUUCUUACAAAUGUUUUACAGCCAAUCACAUCCAUCCAUUUUUAUACACAUUACCAAGCCGACUUUACACUUGCAUGUUUGCAUAAAGCAGUGCCAUAUUGAUUAGAAAGACAGUUCUAAUCAUGAAAAAACUUGUCACCAAGUGACACAAUUGUAAUACAGAUAAGCCAGAUGUUUAUGUUUAAUUUAAUAUAUUAGACACAUUAUUAAAAGUGCAUUGAUUUAUAAUAGUGAUCUACUGUAUGUAUCGUCAACUCAUUCUUUGUACAAACACUUCUCAGAAUAUUAUAGGAUAACAAAAUGUACCAUAAUUUUAGUUGUUGCAAAUGAGUGUGUAAGAAAUAGAGAAGACAAAAAGACAUUUGAGUUUAAAUGAAAGGGUUAACAAGCGAUGCAGUUGGACCUUGUCUACGUCUGUGGCAGUAAAAAAAAAAAAAAGAAUUGAUAUGAAGAACCAGUGCUCAGCCAAAAUAUAAAA